CAAACCGCAAGACACGCCGAAGGAAGGAAACUUUCCGAAACAAACAGACUAUUAAUCGACAAGGGCUUUCGAGGAUUAUAUAUGGGGAUGUAUUUAAUCACGCCAUCUGCUCCCGGGAUGAAGCCAUCUCUAUGCACGCUCAUUGCCUAAGCUUAAUUGUAUCUACACUCAUAUCUAUACAUUAUUCUUGUCGCAAUGGCUAUUGCUACUACAAGCCCCACAGAGAAUAUCCCCCCGCGUCUCCUUCUCAUCAGUGUUCCCCGCACUGCCUCCAACCUCCUCCUGAAGAUCCUUGACAUCCACAACCAGUCCAAUGUCCUCACCAACCAAAAAGGCGGCUACUUCUUCUAUGAUGCUUUCAUGACUGCCUCUCGCGAUGGCCAUAUUAAUAAAUCCAUCGACCAAUGGACCGACCUCGAGAAGGCGGAGGUCUGCAACGCCUUUCAGCAAUGCCUGAACACCCUGGAAGAAUACAGCGCUCAAGCUCAGCGCGAUAACAAGGUCAUGUUCGCAAAGGAGCAUGCGUUUUGGCUUGUCAAUCCAGCCGCCAUGCACAGUGACUCGCCGUCUGCAAAAGGUGAUACCUUCAAUCGCUUCCGUCUUAGCCUCCCAGGUACCUAUGGGUCGGAGCAGCAUUUUUCGCGAAACAACCAGACUGUUCUCCCAGAUGAGUACUUGCGCACUUGGCGACUUGCCUUUCUUAUCCGGCAUCCGGCACUCGCAUGGCCGUCGAUGUAUAGAGCUAUGGUGAAAAUCUCAAAGUUGGGAUUCCUCGACGAUGACGGCGUCAAGGGAGCCUCACUAUCAAACAUGACGCUAACGUGGACGCGCAAGCUCUUCGACUGGUGUCUUGAGCAGCCAGAUGAGCCGACUGUGCCAUUGGUCAUUGAUGCCCAUGACGUCAUUCAUAACCCGGAUUCUGUGCUGCGCUUCUGCGAAGCAGCAGGGCUGGACACAGAUGCUAUUCAAUUCGAGUGGGGUGGGGAGAAUGACAGGAAAAAGUCGGAUACUUGGGUGCCUAGUGAUCCCACUGGUAUGCAUCAACAGACGGCGCAUAUUAUGCUGUCAACGUUGGAAGCGUCAAAGGGAAUUGUCAAGGAUAAGGCACCUGCUAUAGUGGAUAUUGAAGCUGAGGCAGAGAAAUGGAGAAGUGAGUUUGGGAAUGAGGUUGCAGGGCUUAUUGAAAAAGCAGUUUGGGAUGCGAUGCCGGAUUAUGAGCAUUUGAGGGAGAGGAGAGUGCGGGCGUGAUUUUGUUGAAUCAUUCUUUGUAAAUAGUGUAUAAUUGUAAUGGUUUUCUGUUACUCCUCUCCCAGCUUUCUGAUACAGAUACCACGCCUUGGACCACUCACUGAGUAUGCGCAGAGUAUUCUGGGAGCUCCUGGAUUUCCUGAAAAAAAUCACAAGGCAGGGCAUAUCUCAGCGUGACGAAAUGAAUGGCUAUAAAAUGAGCUCUUUACAACCCUAUGUCCGAACUCAAUCAUUGGAAGCCGUCAUACUCUACCGCCACCUCCCUCCUAAAUCCACUGGCCGGUGUUAGAAGUCGUAACUUCAAAAACAAGGGUAAUGAAUGAC